AACAAGAAGCCAACCUGACCCUACUGAAAGCAGUCAAAUGAAUCGUAAUUGCAGAUCAAUGCAGAGAGAUGGGGAAACUUCACUCGAAACAUGCUGCCGUUUGUAAACCCCGAGAAAGUCCAGAAGGUGAUAGUUUUGCUGUGAACGCUUCUCUGGCUCGCAGAGGGCUGGAGGACUGGAUGGUGAAGCAGAAAUACUCCGGGGGCAGCAGCGGAGGCAGCAGCUCGGGACUCCAGCAAGGCUGCCAGCACCGGGCUGUGUGCAGGCUCGCCAGCUCCAGGGAUUUAUCUGGAGAAAGCUACAGAGACACUAUUGGUGAUGAACACUUUCAUCUAGAAGUGGCUUUGCCUCCAGAGAAGACAGAUGGAGUUUGCAGUGGAGAUGAAAAGAAAGUAGAAAAAGAAAAUGACACACAUACAGGUUCCAAGAAGCAACUGAAAUUUGAAGAAUUGCAAUGUGAUGUGUCUGUAGAGGAAGAUAACAGGCAAGAAUGGACCUUCACACUGUAUGACUUUGAUAACAACGGAAGAGUCACACGUGAGGAUAUUACCAGCUUGCUUCAUACCAUCUAUGAAGUAGUUGAUGCAUCAGUAAAUCAUUCUCCCAGUUCCAGCAAAACUCUGCGAGUGAAACUUACUGUGGCACCAGAUGGCAGCCAGAAGAAAAAGAGUAUCUUGUUAAAUCAUGCUGAUUUGCAGAGUGCCAGGCAUAGAGCUGAAAGCAAAGUUAAUGAAGAAAUAAGAAGCUCUGAGAAGAAGCAGCGGGCUUCUCUCAGAUAUCACCAGAGUGAGAGCAAUCCAGAGCAAAGUGGGUGCUAUCGUCAUUGUGUUGAUGAGAACAUUGAAAGGAGAAACCACUAUUUGGAUCUUGCAGGAAUAGAAAACUACACAUCAAAGUUUGGGCCAGGAUCUCCUCCAGCAGCUCAAAAACAUGACCCACCAUGCAGAGCUGUGAAUCAGACUAGAUCCCGUUCUCAUGAACCUGAAACCUUCCAUGCGCACCAUAGGAAAUCUCAAGUGGUGGAUCCAAGCCACAUCAAUCUGGCUGAAAGUUCGUAUGCCAAGAUUGCAGAAAUCCAACAGAGGCUGCGGAAUCAGGACUCCAGCAAGCAUUUUGUGAGGUCUCCCAAGGCCCAGGGCAAAAACAUUGCCCCUCUGCAUCCUGGAAGGGCAGUUAGAAAUAAACCUUUUCAAGGGGCACCCAUGCCAAUGGCUUCCCCUAGUGCAAGGGUGGGCCAGAAUCUUCCUUACCUCCCCUUACAAUCUCAACAGGUUCACAAGAAGCAUAAGCAGAGGGCAAAGGAGAAUCACCAAAUGUGCAAAACCUUUCAUUCUCCAGGGACAGUUGUGGAAAAGGAACAUGUGAGAGACCUACCCACAGUCAUUUUAUAUGAAGGCCAAGUUGGACAGAUGAUACAAAGACAUGAACACCACCACCACCACGAGCACCACCACCACUACCAUCACUUCUAUCAGACAUAGAAGAGAUCCCACCAACAUCCUCCAAGAAUCAUCCCAUAUGAAGGAAAUGUGUUCUUGUGAUACCAGAACUAAGGCAUUACUAUGAUUAAUAUUAUUGUUACUCCAUUAAUAUUCAGCUAGCAUAUAUUUUAGAGGAUAUACAGAACUCUUGAAACUUACCCUAUUUAUAUGUUGUGGAAUGGCAUAGCUUACUUAAACACCUUGUGGGUUUUGUUUUUUUUUUAAAGUGGCUGUAAAACAGCAAACAGCCAUAGCUUUUUGAGCUGUGAUUUAACGCAGGUCAUCAACGCACUUCUUUAAAAGUACUACUUCCACUGUAGUAGGAAAGAUACUUCAAACACUCUUGCAGACAUCUAGCUUACCACUCUGCUGUAUGUCGGCUGAUCGCACACAAGCCUUCUAUCAGGGGAGCAAUGUUCGAAGGGUUGGACUCCAGAGAUACUCGGAAUAAUGGAAAAUACAAACAGCUGCUACCUCUAGUAUUAUUCAGAUUUUAUUUUCUUUUUAUUGAUUGUAAUGUGCUACAGAAGGGGAAUUUUAAUAUACUGCGUUUGUGUAGCCUGUUUGUGUUCACAUCCUUUCAAAUUAUCUUAAUAAUUACAAGGAAAUAUUAGCUAUACUUAUCAACAGAGCUACAUUUGUAUGACUUACACUUUAUUUUCUUGGAGAUUCUUCACUGACACAAAUAUAGUCUGUUAUAUACUGGGUAAUAUUUAAAUUCCUUUUUUUUCUUUUUCUUUUUUAUUUUUUUUUUCUCUUGCUUACUCUCCAUCCUGUUUGGAGUAACCGUUUGAAAAGAGGAGGAUGUGAAAUGGGUUUUUCAAAAGCAUCACCAAACUUUAGUGUUUGGGCCAUAAGUACAGUUCUUGGGGGUUUGAGAAGGAGAGAGGUUGCUUAGGGUUUUGUUUUGUUUAAAUCCACAGUUCUUUGUUUUGAGAAAGAAUUGAGGAAAAUAUACUUUCUCACUUUAAAUGUUGGCAAAUAUAUAUAAAGUAUAAAUAUAAAUAUAUAUAUAUAUAAAUAUGCACACUCUCAGGUACAUUUUGUUGUGUUUUAGAAAUCUGUGGUUUGAAUAUUAACUUUUUUUAUUUUUUUCCAUAACAGUGACAUUUUAGAAGCAUAUACCAUGGCAUUUUCUUAGGUGGCUCUAAUUUAAAUUUCCCCAGCACCUACCAAUAUUUGAGACAAUUCAGUAUGUAAAAAAAAACAUCACUCACAGUCAUUCUGGCCUCUUUUACUUUUUCCAUAUCAUAGGGCUUCUGUUCCAUGAAGGAGAAUGAGACCAUACUCACAAGACCUUACUGGCUGCUGAGAAAUUGAAGGCCAGAAGUAAACCUGAAAAGUGAAAAAAAGGGUCAGUAGUUCUAGUUCUAGGUCAAGUUCUAGUUUCUAUGGGGCCCACAUCUAUAAUAUAUUCAGUUGUGUUUUGUACAGAUCACCAUUUUGCAGGUAGAAAGUGACUGAAAAACACCUAUAUUGCUUUUGGAACAUUAGAGAACUCCUGACAUCAAAAUAUAAUUGUUCUAUAAAAGUAUUUGCUUUUGGUUUUAAUUAUUUAAAGUGUUGUGGUAUUUUGUCUAUAGUAUAUAUAUUGUAAAAUGUAAUUAUCCCACAUUGUUAUAAGCCCUUUAUGAUUAGGGUAUUUUUUUUUCUGACUAGAGCUUUGAUCAGUCCAAAAUGGGGUACUACCCCAUUACAGCUGACUAGUUUUAGAGGGAUGUUGUCCUUUCUAAGAACAUGGAGACAUCAACUUUGAAAGAAACAUUUAAAGCCUCGCCUUCUUGUGGAAUUGGAAUAGAAUCGCUGCUUCGUGGUAAUUAGGUCCAUCUCUUGUCUCUCUGGAUCAGCAGUUUAGACUUAUUGUCCUCUUUAAAAAAUCUGGUUUAUUUUAUUUUAUUCUUUUUUUAGCUGUCAGCAGUGUGUUCUGUUAAAUCUAACAAACUGUUUUUAAAAUGUGCUUGAUCUGUGUGACAACUAUACUGUUCUGUUUAUUUUUAAAAUUCCUAAAGUCCAAAAAUAUUUACAUGCAGAAUUUUCUGUAUUAAAAAUAUGAAAAGGCCACAAAUUUGGUUAGUUACCACUGAGUUGUUCUAUUCUAAAGCCUUUUUGCUGCUUGUGUAUCAUCCUUUUUCAAUGUAUAUAUGAUUAUGGACUGCAAAAAAAAAAAAAAAAAGACAACAUUUAUAUGUCUAGUAGAAGGAAUAAGCUUAUUUAUAUUAUAGUAUUAACAAAGUCUGAUGUAUUCAAGUAACUUACAUUAUACCGCAUGCAAAACACAAAAGUGUACAUUCCGUCUAAGAAGGGAUGCCAUGCUAUUUGUUUUGAAGAUGUAAUUAAAGCUGUUCUCUUUUCAGGGUAGCACCUGCCAGAAAAACUGGGAGGUGGGAAUUAUUCUUUAGUCAAUUUUUUUUAACACAGAUUGUUGCCGAAAGCCAGAAAAUGUUCUGGAAAACAAGAGUGCUUUCAGAAUUGUGGGGUUUUCUAAGAAGGAGCAACAGAGGGGGAUAAGUCUUUCACCCAAAGAUAUUUUGCUGGAAAAGAUAACAGCACAAAUAACAAAAUCCUAUCUGAUUGAAAAGUGUUCAGUACUAGCUUUGCCAAGUCAACUCUGAAGUGUAACACAACUGACCAUUGGUUAUAACCUUGCAUUGAUUUGCUUUGGUUUCUUGUAUUUGGGGAUACAACAGACAAAUUUACCUUGCUCAGAUUCUGUGAAAUACAAAUACAUUUUAAUAACAUGGCAUCCCCAUACUAAAACUUGACACCAGCCAUCUAUGGACAUACAGUAUCUACGUACUGUGUUGCAGUUGUGUUACGUGUAUUAAGUGUGAAUAGCAUGUAGCACAGCUUUUUUUAACAGAAUCUUAAAUUUCUGUAUCUUUAAAAAAUGUUUGCUUUUCAGUAUUUUGUAUAGUAAAUAUAGAUGGUUUUGACUAAA